AAAUCUGUUGGGCUACGCCCGCGCAGGUUCGAACCCUGCUGUCGACGUUUCUGUUCAUCUUUUUGAGAAACUUCUGUUUGGGAGCUAAGAAACCGUGGGAAAAUAUAUAUAUUUCUUACAAAAUAAAUCAUUCGUUUUUUUCCUUUUUCUUUUCCCUUGCUACCUAUACUUUCUCAGCAACCAAACUAAUACUCCCGAAUUCCGAAAAUGGAAGAGAAAACCGCGACUGCGAUAACGAACCCAAAGUCCACGCAAGAGCUGGCAAUGGAUGGCCAGAAGCUUCUAGAAGAAACCAUAGAGUCCGCCUUUCAUAUCCUCUCUUCCAUGAACGACGAGCUCUGCAACCCCGCCUUAUGGUCCACCACUUCUUCUGCUUCUUCUUCUUCUUUAUCAUCUACUUCUAAUAUAACCUCAAUUGCUAAUGGUCCUUCGCAAGCCUCGAACGGUAUCGCCAAUGGCGACGCGGCCUCUUCCGAUACGCAUCACGGAGAGAGUGGUGGUGGUAGUGGAGGAGCGCUCGAAGAGGCUCGUUUUCGGUAUAAGAGUUCUGUGAACUCGCUUCGUGCAGUUCUCGCCGCAAUCCCCAACUCUCAGAAGGCGAAAACAUUUGAAUUGGGUUCAACUCCAAGUGGUCCGCUAUCCCCAGCAGGUCAGGAUGAGAUUGAGAAGUUAGAAGAGCGAGCCUCUGGUUUAAGAAAGGAACUUGCAAGCAAGAACAGGUAUCUCAAGGUUCUCAUAGAUCAACUACGAGAUCUUAUUACUGACAUAUCCACAUGGCAAAGUCCUUGUUCCAUCUGAAGUUCCGGACAGAUACAGUCAUUUUGAGUGCCGUGCCUGAGAAUAGAGACUUCGGUCCAUAUGUUCCCAUUAAGUGAUGAUGCUUCUGUGCCAACUGUCUUACUCAUUCUAUUAGACUUUUUGCAUAUAUUCCUUUUAGAGGUUAAGGAGGGAGAUCAGGUUUCACAGAGUGAAAAUUAUAUCAGACAUUUUGAAUGAAAAAUAGAGUAGUGAUCUUGUAUAUCCUUGUACAUUUAACAUUAUGAAUUAAGUGCUUGUUGAAAAGGAUUUCAGGUA